AUGAUAACAACCACUGAGGAACGACUGCCGCUUGGGGCCGUUCGGAUAGCCGAUGGGAACGUGAUCAUUCCAGCAUCCAGACGUCCGGAUGGCUCUGAGCGAAAGGUCAUUCGAAUUCGCCAGGGGUACGUACCACAAGACGAGAUAGCGAAGUACAAGACGGUUGCGCAACGACGACGCGAACAGCAGUCUAAAUGUGUAAACGAUGUGGACGACACUGCAGUUGAUGCACUUCCGAUGAAUAAAUUGUCUCUAGAGCAUAAAAACGAGGUUCUGACUGCAAGGAUCCAACCAUCUACUGACAAAGCUUCUCGUCAAGAGUUACGAUCUCGACAGAACAUCGAGAUGACAGGAGAGGCACUUGAUACUUUGGGUGAAAAGAUGAAAAACCACCAGCAGCAACUCAAACGACAAUUGACUCGGCUCAACAAAACAUUAAAGGAGAUUGCACGGCUAGAAGGUGCGAAGGAUGAUUUGCUUACAGCCCAGCAGAAAGAUAAGAUACUUCGAAAGUCGACGUUGUUGCAAAAAAGGAAAGAAAUUAUUGCAGAACUAAGUGGAGACACUUCCACAAGGAGAAAUGGUUCUGUCACCAACCCGCGCCCUAAAGUGGCUAUCACAUUAUAA